CACGUGGCUCGGACGCAGCUCGCGGCCGCCCGGCAGGACCUCCGAGGCUGGGCGGCUCCGCUCCGCCGCCGCCGCCAGCGCCGCCGCGCCGCGCGGGGCCCGACAGGCCGUGCGGGACAAGAGCCGCCGGGACGGGGACGCGGGCAGCCAUGGCCGAAGCGGCGCCCGCCCUGGCUCCAGAGAGGGACAAGCAGCCAGGGGAAGAAAGGCCCUCGACGCCGUCUCCAUCGCCCCAGUCGGCUGCUGAGAAGGACUCCUACCUUUAUUCCACGGAGAUCACGCUGUGGACGGUGGUGGCCGCCAUCCAGGCCGUGGAGAAGAAGGUGGAUUCCUGCCUGGCCCGCCUGCUGACCCUGGAAGGUCGAACCGGGAUGGCCGAGAAGAAGCUGGCCGACUGCGAGAAGACGGCCCUGGAGUUCGGGAACCAGCUGGAGGGCAAGUGGGCGGUGCUGGGGACGCUGCUGCAGGAGUACGGGCUGCUGCAGAGGCGCCUGGAGAACAUGGAGAACCUGCUGAGGAACCGCAACUUCUGGAUCCUGCGGCUGCCCCCGGGCAGCAAGGGCGAGGCCCCCAAGGUGCCCGUGACCUUUGAUGACGUGGCCGUGUAUUUCUCGGAGCAGGAGUGGGGCAAGCUGGAUGAGUGGCAGAAGGAGCUGUACAAGCACGUGAUGAGAGGCAACUACGAGACGCUCGUCUCCCUGGAUUACGCCAUCUCCAAACCGGACAUCCUCAGCCGCAUGGAGAGGGGAGAGGAGCCUUGCCCUGAAGGCACGUGGGGCCGGGAGGAGGGGCGCCAGAGCGAGGAGGCGCGCCCGCAGAGGCCGGCCGCUGGCCUUGCACCAUGUCCAGAGCACACCCUCAGCCCGGUCAGCCCUGCCCAGGGGGAGCCAAAAGAAGGUCAGACUUCCCAGCACCAGCGAGACUCCGAAGCCAGAGCAACCCCACCCGAAACAAGCGCUGGGCCGCCUGCCAGCACCAGCGUUUUGUCCUCCAUCAAAGAGGAGGAAGAAUCUUCAGAUGGAGAGUCACGGUCCCCUCCCCGGGAUGUCCCGCCCGGCCCAGGGCCAGGUGCCGGCGGUGUGGUCAAGACAGAAGCACAAUCCGAGGACGAGAUGAUGCCUGAGCAGCUCUUCCUGGGGGAGCCCCCGAGGCAGACCAAGUGCAGACUGCCCAAGGGGCCCAGGAGCCGGCCUGGGGGCUCCGGCCGGCCUCCCCCCGGGGGCGUGCCCAGGGUGCGGGCAGGGGACCCUCGGCCCCCAGGGGCGGUGGGCGAGCCACCCCGCAUCCUCCCUCGGCGGCGAGAGCGGGCCUUCCCCUGUCCUGACUGCGGGCAGAGCUUCCGCCUGAAGAUCAACCUGACCAUUCACCAGCGGAGCCACGUGGAGGAGGAGCACAGGCAGAGCCGGGCCGGCUCGCCCACCGGGUGGGGGGACGCCCACUCGGCCCUGGAGCCUGGGGAGGUGGUGGUGCCCGGGCCCGUCAUCCGCUGGCUCCCCGAGGAGCCCGAGGGCCGCCGGGCCUUGGUGGGGCGGAGGCCGGCGGCCGCCAAGCUGUACCACUGCAGCGAGUGCCUGCGCUUCUUCCAGCAGCGCAAGAGCCUGCUGCUGCACCAGCGCCUGCACACGGGCAACAGCCAGGGCUGGCCGGCCUGUCCCUACUGCGGCAAGGCCUUCCGCCGGCCCUCGGACCUCUUCCGGCACCAGCGCAUCCACACGGGCGAGCGGCCGUACCGGUGCCCGCAGUGCGGCCGGGCCUUCAACCGGAACCACCACCUGGCUGUGCACAUGCAGACGCACGCCCGCGGCCAGCUGGGCCCGCACUUCCCCGCGCCCUCGGCCCGCCCGGGGAGCCCCGGCCUGCCGCGGCCCAGCCGCUCCGAGGAGGGCUGAGCCGGCUCCGGGCCUCCUGCCACCUGCCGGCCCUUCCCACGGGCGCCUGACGCUGGCUCUUGCUGGGAUGGCUUUGGGGAGUUUGGGUUUUGUUUCUCAUUCCGCGGCCUUCUGGGUGACAGAGUGUAUGCCUCUGAGCAGAUGUCUCAGUUUCCGGUUUCCUAAGUUUGUCGCUCUUUGCUGCCUUUUCCACAUUCCUGACUUCGAAAGGCUCCUGUAAGGCUCAGGGGAUGCCAGGUUUGGUGGGGGCCUCUGACAGGGACCAGGGACAGGCAAGAGGACCAGGGGUCCCUGCCUUUCCAAUAGGGGCCGAUAGAGACAUUGAGGGCCUGGGCUUGAAUUCGCACACGGAGGUCUGGCCUUGCGUCACAACGAGGAGCCACAGAGUGGACAGACAGGCUGAAGACCAGGCUCUGGAGAUUAGUGGCUGUUACUCUGAAACUUUGUUUUCUUUCUGUGGAGUUUGGCUAAGUGCUUUUGUUAAGUGUUGCGUGUGGUUGUCAAGGGGACCGAGAACUCCUGAAGGGCAGGCCUUACUCGCCACCUGCCCGUGUGUGGGGUGGCGGGAGCGCUCUCCAGACCAGCCUGGCUGCUGCCCCGGAAAGCAGGGCUCUUCCCAGGUGUGUGUCGCUUGGUCCAGAGUGAUUCCUGAAUCAUCGUCCUUCCGCCCGUGCAUGCUUCAGCCCGCGACUGACUCUGCUUAUCAGCUGAGAGCCAGACGGAGGCCAGGAGUGGACGACACCUCCCCGCCGUCUCGGUGUUCGUGGGUGUGCACACUGCAGGCUGAAGUGAGCCUCCCCCUGACGUGGGGGCGGUGGGCGGGUCAGAUGCCGGGUGGGCCCACACAGUGCCUCCUUGGGAGGAAGAUCCGGGUCUGGGCGAGGCCGGUCGGCCAGCCUGGGACAUGGGUUUCCAGGCCUGCCUUGCCACCGUAAAGGAGGGCCUGUCUUCUGGAACUCGGGGUCAUGGCAGAGUUGGAGCAGGAGAUCUAGGUGAACGUUAACCGCCUCCAGCCACACGUUCCUCGUCCGUGGAAGGUGGUAAACCCCAGCGCCUCCUACCUCACCUCGUGUCGCCAGGGUCAUCACAGAUUUAGAGGCAACGGGCACAUAGGAAGCCUGGUUUUGACCUUCCUUUCACGUUCAGAGCCCCCUUUCUCUUCCAUGUUGAUCUCCACCCCUUUUCCUAGUCAGAAUCACUCAAGAAGAACCUUUCUUUCUGGAGUGAAAAGUCCCACGGGUGCCAAGUGAGGUAAGACUUUCCCCUUGGGCUGUACUGCCCAGGAGCCCCAUGUACCUCAGUGGAACAGACUCUUACCAAAGCAGUGAUGUCCAGACGGGAGGCCCCAGCAGUAGCAUCGGGCCUCAUGGAGAAGCCUUGAUGGCAGCUAGCUUCUUGUGCCUCUUAGAUCGAACCACUUCGGGUGCUACCUGUUAUAGACCAGCCCCUGGUUUGGGUGAUUUUUGAAGCUGGAGUGAUGGGUCCUCAGCUCUCUGAUUGUCUAAUUUGUCUGGCACUCUUUGAAGUUUUCAGGCCUCCUGGCUGAACCACUUCCUGUUGCCCCCUGACCCUCACACGUCUCCUAAAGUCGUGAACCGAGUUGGGGGCAGAUGGGUAUGUUGCUAUCACCUCUGGGGUGAGGGCGAGUACCCACGUCGGUGACAGCUCAGCUUCCCUGGUGUGCUGCUGUGGACUCUGCUUGCUGGGGGCCCCACAAGUCAGGGCUGGGCUGUCAGCAAGUGUUCAGACAGGAUGUUGUGCUAGUGUAGCUGCUGAGAGUUUAACCCUCAGCUGCAAAAGCUAGUCUCAGGUGUUUCCUUGGGGAUGCUCAGGGCUCAGAGUUUCUAGGCCUUCUAAUGCGAAAUGCCCUGUGUAAAUACACAAGCUCUAACAGAAGGAGCAAUUGCCAAGCACUGGUGCUCCCCUUCCAAAGCAUUUUUUGUGCCAGGCUCCCAGCUAGUCCUUGUGAGUUUGCCGGGCACGAACAAGUGUGCAAAGGACGUUCUUUACACUGAGUCAACACAGGCUGCGGAGCCUGGGAGAGGCUGGAGCCUAGUUUGGGCCCAGACUCACUCCCAGCUCUGGGUCGCGGCUUCGUCAUUUGUAAAACAAAGUUGGGAUUCUGGUGUUAAAGGCCCUCAAGAACUGACAGGGGCAGAACCUUGACCCGAUCAGUGCUAUAAAUAAAUAUGUUGUACUCGA